AUGGAACCCGAAAGCGGGAAGAAAUCGCGCGGAAUAAAAGUGCAAAGUGACCUCUUUUGCAAAAGCGGAUGCGGCUUUUACGGCAAUUCCAAUUGGCAAGGCUACUGCUCGAAGUGCUGGAAAGACCGUUUGCAACAACCUUCGAAGAGCGAGAAUGUGUCGCGAAGUCCGAAAUCUUCUCCUUUUGCUCGCCACCGUCAAAGUUCGCCAAGUGGCAGUUUUUGGGCGGUGUUCUCCCGGUUUGAAGAAAAGCGGAGUCAGCAACACGAGAAGAGAACUCGUACUAUGAAGUCACUGUUCAAGAAGAGUCAUCAGUCUCCAUCCCGAGAUUUCUCCUCUGUGCCGUUUCUUGAGGAGAUGUUAGAUGGCGUAACUGGUUCUUCGGCAUCAUCUGAAAAUACGCCUUCGUCGGACGCGUUCACUGAAUACCUCAAGACUUUGAGCAAACCGAUUGCGAUUGAUGUACUCAGACACAUAAACUCGGUGACGCAGAAGAUGCAAAAAAUGUGCGAAGCCGGGGCUUCACCAGAAGAACUCAGUGACACCGCCAAAGAGUUUUACCAGAGUCUCAACGACCGACUUCGCAAUCACCCCACUUUUGGAGAAGCUACGAGUGAGCAGUUGGAGUCGAUGAUGGAUUUUACCGAGAAAAACGUAAUGACGCGGUUGUACAAGUCGGUCUUCUUCGCCCUCAGUGCCCAAAACGAAGACAAGGAUUUAGAAAUUCAGAAGAGGAUUCGAAGCCUGAACUGGAUUAGUGCUGCACAUUUGGAUUGCUUCAUUGACGAGCUGCGGCCAGACAUCAUGGCCUUGAUUGACAAAGCCAUUUUUUCUGCGAUUGAAAUGGACGCGAGAAGAGCCCCGCAAGACAAGCUGAGCUGCAUUGUCAAGUGUUCAAAGAAUAUCUUCGAGAUUUUGCGAGUGUCACGCGAGCGGUUUGGCAACGUGGAGGCUGCUUCUGCCGACGAGUUUCUUCCUGCUCUCAUUUUCAUCGUUCUCCGCGCCAAUCCACCUAGGCUACAUUCCAACAUUAACUACAUUGAUAAAUUUUGCAAUCCGGGUCGUCUUUUGAGCGGGGAAGCCGGAUACUAUUUCACGAAUUUGUGUUGCGCUGUCGAGUUCAUAGAGAAGAUGAACCACGAGAGCCUGAACUUGACCAAGGACGAAUUUGACAGAUUCAUGUCGGGAGAAGCUCUUCCGCCAGGUGUCGUUUUCGGAGCGAACCUAGACUCUUUGGAAGCUCCUUGGCUGUGCGAAGGUGUUCGGAUCAUGCGAGGUAACCUAGUCACGCUCAACGAACUUGCAUCCAGAGACACGAAACUGGAGAUUGGUUUGGACGACUUGAUCACUGACGGUGCGACUUUUGUGGAUGGUGUUGAGAAGAUGGUGGACGAUGUCAUGGCUGGAACGCCGCUCACGAGUCAGCCGCACAAGCGCCCAAUCGCGCUAGAUGACGCUGCUGAGGCGACCGAGAACCUUCCGCCGCCUUUAACCCCUCAGAUUCUGAAGUGAUAAUUGCUGGAGCAUAAGAUUGCCAGCCAGGCUGUGGAGGGAGGGACCCGGAAAGGAGCCUUUUUUUUUCGUUGAACAAAAAACUUGCGGCUUCUCGGAAGCAAGGAAGAACGAAGGGGUCUCUGGAUGUAGUAUUUCACGCGUUGUUGAGUUCACUUUGAGUGAGUGAGUGACGUUGCCUAUCAAAAUCGUUUAAACAAAAAAAAAAAUUACUAGUCGUUCAUUGCGAUUAAUUGCGUCGAUUUGGAUCCGAUUCAUUGCUUAUCGGCCUUUUUUUUAGGAUUGGCAAUUUAAUGCGCUGUUUUGGGUUUGGAUUUUCGGAUCAGUCGUCAGAUGAGUUGCUAUCCGCCAAAGGAGAUAUAAAUUUUCUUCGCAAAAAAAGUGUUGGCUUUAUUUUGUCUCGUAGUUAGCAAUUGAAAAUCUAAAGUAGCGUGAUUAAAAAAAUUAUUGGUCCAAAAUAUACAUUACUAUAGAAGAUUCGUUGUAGGAAGAAUUUCGUUGCAGAGAGCCCCAAUGAAAUGGAGAGAACCAGUUAUGGCACUGAAUGAAAAUUCGUUAUACAGAGAAAACCGUUGUAGAGAGAGUCCAAGUGCAUGGAUACAUUCUUAACCGUGUGUAUAGUUAAAGUAUUUAUUGUACCUUUUAAUAAGAGAUAGUUCUUACUUAUUUGGAUUCAAAUUACCUGUUUUUCUUGGAUGCACGCUGUUCCUCUUAAUUAUUACAGUAAUUAACUGUGUUUUUGAAACUAAUGGAAGAUGUGUGGGAUUAUGCCGAAUUAUUAUUUUGCAUUCCGAUCUGAGAACUUCAAGAGUCUCUUCUUAAGGGACAGGGACAUUUUCUUGGCACUUUUUCACCCCCAAUUUCCUCUUGAGAGCUGAGCUGAGCAAAAUUUUACUUUAACGAUCCCCACUGCGCUCCUCCGGCACCCUCUUUAUUCUUCUCACAGCAUCUCCCAACAUUAAAGCUCUUCUUUCCCUUAUUCGAGAGUAAUUGUUUUUUUUUCCGCAUUCCAAGAGAUAGAGAGAGAAAUUCUUUCAGCUACUGUAUAUAUAUAUAUAUAUGGAUCGAAAUCAAGGGGACGGAUAUUGUAGCCAGCAUCAUGUCGGGUUGCGAAGCAAACGUCGGGAGGAAGGCGGGCAAGUCCAGGAAAUUUUGCCCAAGCG